CCUGAUUAUAUUGUCAACUUCCUUUUCACGUGUGUGCUAGAGUUUGCAACAUCAGUCACGAUGUCACACUACAAUUUCAAGAAAAUCACUGUGGUUCCACCAUCAAAAGAUUUUAUAGACAUAGUGCUGUCCAAAACACAGAGGAAGACACCAACUGUAAUACACAAACAAUAUCGUAUUGGCAGAAUCCGCCAUUUUUAUAUGCGUAAAGUCAAGUUUGCUCAACAAACAUUUCACGAUAAAUUGACACAGAUCUUAACAGAUUUUCCCAAACUUGAGGAAGUACAUCCAUUUUAUGCAGAUUUGAUGAAUGUAUUGUAUGAUAAAGACCAUUACAAGUUGGCUCUUGGUCAGAUUAAUACUGCCAGGCAUUUAGUAGACAAUGUAGCUAAAGACUAUUCUAGACUAUUGAAGUAUGGAGAUUCAUUAUACAGAUGUAAACAGCUGAAGAAAGCAGCUCUAGGAAGAAUGUGUACUAUUAUGAAGAGACAGAAACAGAGCUUGGAAUACCUAGAACAAGUCAGACAACAUUUAUCAAGGUUACCAUCGAUAGAUCCAAAUACCAGAACAUUACUUAUAUGUGGAUUCCCUAAUGUCGGCAAAUCUAGUUUCAUAAAUAAGAUAACCAGAGCUGAUGUAGAAGUACAACCAUAUGCCUUUACAACAAAGUCAUUAUAUGUAGGACACACAGACUAUAAAUAUCUCAGAUGGCAGGUAGUGGAUACACCAGGAAUUUUAGAUCACAGUUUAGAGGACAGAAACACAAUAGAAAUGCAGGCUAUUACAGCUCUGGCCCAUCUUAGAGCUGCUGUACUGUAUGUUAUGGAUGUAUCUGAACAGUGUGGACAUUCACUAGAACAACAGUUGGAAUUGUUCAACAAUAUAAAACCAUUAUUCGCCAAUAAACCUUUAAUGGUAUGUGUUAACAAAAUAGAUGUUCUCAAGUUGGAUGAACUCUCACAAGAUAAACAGCAAAUAUUUGAGGAGUUUAAGACCGAAGAUAUACCAGUAUUACAGAUGAGUACACUGACAGAGGAAGGAGUUUUUGAAGUCAAGUCGCAGGCUUGUGAAAGACUGUUAGCUUACAGGAUAGAAACAAAAAUGAAAUCAAAGAAAGUAAAUGAUAUUCUGAACAGAUUACAUGUAGCUGUUCCUUCUAAACGAGAUGCAAUAGCACGUCCACCAUGUAUACCUCAGGCAAUAUUAGAUAAAAGGAAAGCCAUGGAAACAGAUAAACCUAAGAAAAAACUGGAGAGAGAUUUAGAAGUAGAGAUGGGUGAUGAGUAUUAUCUGGAUCUUAGAAAACAUUGGGAUUUACUUAAAGAGGGAGAAAAGUAUGACAAAAUACCAGAAAUAUGGCAAGGACACAAUUUGGCAGAUUUCAUUGACCCAGAAAUUAUGGAGAAAUUAGAUGCCCUAGAGAAGGAAGAAGAAUUGAGAGAACAGGCUGGUUAUUAUAAUAAUGAAGAGAGUGAGGAAGAUGAAGAAAUGCAGGAGAUAAGAGCAACAGCUGGAAGAAUAAGAGAGAAAAGAAAAAUAAUUGUUUUGGAGUCCAGAGAAAAGAGAACUAUAGAAAAACCAAGAUUGCCGAGAACUGCCAAAAAAUUAGACACAAAGAGAAUGACCUCAGAAAUGGGAGAACUUGGUGUUGAUGUGGACAUUGAUGAUGAUGAAACACAUCUUGGAAGGGCCAGAUCCCGCAGUGUCACCAAAAAAGCUCUGAAACGUAAGAGAGAGCAGUCUAUGGAAGUGGAUACCAAGAGCAAAUCAAGGAGUAGAUCAAGAACAGUACCUAGAGACCAGUCUGGUGUCAGAGAUCCUGUGAUGGCUAAGAAAGUAAAGAAGAUUGCUAUGAACGCACAGAAAGCCAGGAACCACCAAGCUCGUAAGGGAGAAGGAGACAGAGUUAUCCUGGACAUGAAACCUAAACAUCUCUUCGCUGGAAAACGAAAGCAAGGCAAAACAGACAGACGUUAAACAUCUUUUAUUUUUGAUAAUGGAUGGAUCAUGAAUAUAAGCUUCAAACUAGUUAUUGUCAAAAUGGAUAUUGGAAAGUUAACGUUUUUUUUUAAAGAUUUUAAUCUCAGUUAGCUGUUUACAUAUGAUAUACAAUGAAGAAUCUUAAACAACAGCCAUGUUAUAUUCCAAACUGUGUAAAGCCUGACAUAAUUUAAAGAUACAUUAUGGAUGUUAUUGUUAAUGAUAAAAAUACUUAUUAAACAAAUUCCACAGUG